ACUCGCAUUAAAUCAUAAAUCAUUCAUCAUACAUCAUUCAUCAUAAAUCAUUAAUCACUAAUCAUGGUUCUUGAGCUUCAUGUUUGGGGUCCAUCAUUUGGCCUUCCCUCUAUUGAUGCACAAUGCUUAGCUACCAUUGCAUAUAUGCAACAAGUUAUCCCACGUGGUCAAUGGUUCCUUGUUGCUACUAGCAAUCCAACCCUCAGUCCCACGAGUACGUGACACACAACAUGCAUCCUUUCGCCAUCCUUGAUGUUUGAAAGAGGAAAAGUCCAAUGUUGAUAAAUUCCACAGGUGAACUACCUGCUUUGAGAGAUGGGGAUAAUGGGGAUUGGGUGGGAGGAUACAGAAAUAUCGUCAAUUUGAUUACAGAAUAUUCAUCUGGAAAAUGGGAUAUGGAUGCGAGUUUACGAGGACAAGAAAAGGCCGAUUGUACAGCGUGAGUAAUGGGAAAACGGAUGAAGAGUUCCUUAAACGUGGUGAUGAAUGAAACUUAUUGAUUGGUCGCUUAGGUAUUCUGCAUUUAUCCAAAUGCAUGGACAACCGUUACUAGAUCUCUCACUCUAUGUUUCCUCACAGAAUUAUACCGAAGUCACACGUCCGAUUUUCAAUACCAUACAACCUUUUCCCCUACCAUAUCUCACACCACCUCAUCUCCGAACCGAAGCUAAGAAAAGAACAGAAUAUCUAGGUCUAUCUGCUCUGGAUAUCGAUACCGAAGAUGGUGAUAAAUCAAGAGAUCCAAGUAUUAUCCCCGAAUCUCUUAGAAGGGGUAAACAAACCGUCUCAAGUUUACUUGCUGCAUCACCUGAAACCAAUGCUCAAAUCAGACUUGAUGCAUUAGCAACUGAUUUUUUUGAAUCAAUUCAAGAAUUAAAAGGAAAGAAAAGAUAUCUCGUUUCAGAUUCCCAAAUCUCAAGUCUAGAUUGUCUGGCCUUGGGUUUCAUAUCACUUAUGUUAUAUCCGGAGUUACCACAACCAUGGCUUGCAAGAACCAUGAGAAGAAAGUUUCCAGAUCUGGUCAAGUGGGUACAAGAGCUGAAAGAUGAGAUGUGGGAUAGUGUGGUUACGGUGGAUGAUGCAAUGCUUGUCCAAAGUCCUGCAAAUGCAGUACAACAGAACAAAAGUUUACCGUGGCAAGCGCCCGAAUCUCGUGGUAUUCUAAAUGUCGGGGGUAUAUUUUUGACUAGUCUUGCAGAUUCGUUACCGGUUGUAGGACAACGGAGAAAAGAUAAUCGCAUGCAGCGAUAUGGUGGUGAAGCGGGAAAAGAUUCGGGUAGUAGUGGUGGUAGUAAUAUCUGGACAUAUGUUACAACGGUAGGAAGUUUAGUUGCUGCUGUUGGACUGGUGGCAGGUUAUGCGCUGCAUGAGGGUUUGAUCCAAAUGCCUGAACAUUGGCCUGGUAAGAGGGAGAAGGAGAAUGAGAGUGAAAGUGGAAAUACCCAAAGAUUAAAUGAUCUUGGAGAAGCGGGUCAAACACUUUUUGCUUUUGCGGAUCAGAUGGAUGAGAGUUUUCAGAGACAAAGAGAGUUGGAAAGGAGUAAUGGGUCGAUUGUUGAGGUUGAUGUUGAUGUUGAUGUUGGUUUGAGGAAAGAUGGGAUUGUAAGGUAGUGCUUGUUAUUGAUAAAUAAGAAUUACUUUAUAUGAUUGU